GCUUUUCACUUUGGAGAAUUUGAUCAGUUUCAGUUAAACCAUCAAUUCGUCAAUUUAGUAUCAAAUUAAAAGUCUUGACUCGUUAUUACAUAACUUCAGUGAUAUCCAAUUACGAGUCAUAUUAAACUUUUCGAAAUAGAUUUUCACAUUACUCGUUAGGGGAUCUUUUAAAAUUUUAGCAAAGGCAGUCACAAGUAAUCCAAGUGGCUUCGGCGAAUUUUAGUGCACAAUUGGCCACAGCAGAAAUCUUGCUGAAAAGAUGGGCAAAACGGAAACAAUCGUGCGACUUCUUUCAGCCUUCGCAAUCCUUCAGCAGGUCCAACUUUCAUUAACUUUGGCUCUGAACGAGGAUGUGGCUUCCGCGAGUAAUCAUGGGACGACCACUGAAGAUAAACUUGGAAAAGUGGUGAAAGAUCCUGAACUUGGAUCCGAACCCUCGGAGGAAGGCCGUCAUUUUAUAACUCGUCAGACCUUCUCAGACACAAUGGAAAAAAUAAAGUGCACUUUUAUCGACUGUCCUGCAUCCCCCAAUGAGGAAUCAUCGUCGCCAUCACCUCCAACUCAUGAAAUUGAUGAAACUCAUAAUUCAACUACUGUGAAAACUACGACUUCUCUUGUGACCAGUACCCCCCAUCCUCAGAGUAAUGGUUCAGAGGUUACUACUGCAAAACCCACAAAUUAAAUGCAAUUUCAAUGCUCUCAUGUUCCGCACAUCCCACAUGCACAGAAUACUGAUACACAUACAUAAAUAGUACACAUGUAUUUAUGUAUGGUUAGUAAUAAACGUCAUAAAGAAA